CACGGGUCUGUCAGAUGAGUGCGUCAGGGAACCAGCGCAUCAAGCUUGAUGAUAGCGGAGACGACAGGCGCAGCACGUAGUGUCCGCGCGACGCGGUCCUGCCGCUAGCUGCUGACGAGAGCUGGAAGGCACUUCACACAAUUGAACGUCUGCAGCCUCUCGAGGCGCGAGGCACGCUUGGAGAGGUGAUUGAUCAUUGGCCUUGUUUCGGUUGAGACAGCGAUGCAUCAUGGCGUCAGUUACCCAGCACAAGCGCAAGGUGACAGCACGCGUAGACCUGGAUGCUCUUGCCUCGGCACAUCCUUCUUCGCCUCUGGGCCAGCGACCAUUACACUCGAUCGGCGGUCCCACCAAUAGCACGACUGCAGCACGAACCAUACCCACAGGUGGUGGCUCGAACGCGAGCUCCGGUUCCUCCAGCGUCGUAUCUCCUCCUUAUAGCAGCAAGGUUUCAAUUGCCGGACGUCCUGUAUCUACAACGACACGAACCGGAGCAGGAACACCAAGAGCCAAGAUCGAUCCUUCGCUCUUUGCUGACGACCAUCAUGCCACGGUCACGGCCUCGGGAUCACCAGCAUUGCGGCUGGCAAGUAGCGCUGGAGUGCCUUCUUCGGCGCCUUCGGCUACAUUCGGUAGCUUCAGCUCGCCUCAUACACCGCGGAUAAAUGGCAAUAUUGCUGCAACUUCUGGUAACAGCUCAGGUCCUUCUCGAGUCACUGCCGAGCCGAGCAACUUGGGAUCGCCUUGUGAAAAUGGCCAGGUCCCACCGGGAGUCACUAUGCGCAAGGUGCAUUCGGCCAAGGCACGCGCGCAGAGUAUUGAUUGGACAACUUCCGGCACAAGCUCACCAUCAAUGAGCGGGCAUAUGGGCGGGAGUGCUUCACAGAGAUCAUCCGUGUCUUCGAACACCAGUGAUGCGAGUACUAGCACGAGCGUCACAUCCAGUGGGGAUAGGUCGCCAGCCAAGCAGGCGGCUACAAUGGUUCGAGCUGCCCUCACGACCGUUAUCCUGAGCGGGCAUAAUGCGGGGACUUCAUCGGGCAAUUCGACGCCGACCCCGCUCAACAGGACGUUACACGUAGGGGUAGCAACGAAAAUGCGACGGGCAAACACCAGUGCAGCGAGCAGCACGCCGUCUGCAGCCAGUGCCAUGCUCUCGUCACCAGGUGGAGGCCCUGCAGCAACUCUUGCAACGCCAUUCGAAAGCCCAAGUGGUUUCCAUGCUGACGGAGGCAGCGUGCAUAGCCGCGCCGGCUCUGGCGCGAACGUGAGCCAGAAUAGCAGCACGAGCGCUUCAGCGGGGACUUCGAGGCCGGCGAGUCCCACGAAGGGGAUGUCUAUCACAGAAGCGUAUCGCAUGCGCAAAGAGGCGGCAUCAUCAAAUCUGCUUGCUGGCGAGGGCUCGGGGCCGAGAGCGCGACUGCGGCCAUUGCCUCAUCAAGUGGGACCCUCACAUAUCAAUCUUGCACCAGACGACACUCGCUCACCGCCGAAUGGCGGAUCCAUGCCGUCAGGCCUAGCUUCGCCACUCAACACAGUGUCGCCCGGUGCACCGCGAUGGUCGGGGUCCGAUGCUUCUGGCCUGCUCAGCCCCACAUCCGAGGUAUCAUCUACCGGUGGCUUUAAGGUCCUAUCGCCAGAAGAGGUGGCUGAUCGGAGUGAGGCGAAGAAGGCGCGCAAGAUGCUGGAUUUGGAAAUAACCAACAAGAGCUUGCUUGCGAUCAAUGCGGGCCUGGAAGUGACCAAACUCAAGCAGGCAAAGGAGAUAAGGGAGCUCAAACGGCGAAUACGCGAAGGGCGUGCUUCUAUCGCGCCAGGGGAUAUGGGCUCUCUGGCCAGCGGUGGGUUUGAGGAGGACGAAGAGGAGGAGGAGGAGGAAGGCGACAGUGAUGCCGACGAGGCCAUCAUCCCACGCGAGGAUCCUGAGCUCGAAGCGAUGCACACGCGCUGCAAGGGACUCAUCGAUCGCAUGCUCAUGCAAGCGCGCAACGCCAUCCACUAUCGUUUUGAGCCAGCAAAGGAAGGCGUCGGCGGCAAGGUGCUACAUCCGAUUGAGGUGGAGGAGAUGCGGGAAGAGCAGGCCGAGGCGGGCGUCACACCCGACGACUCUAUAGCGCUCACCAGUUCGGAACGCAGCAUAUACAUGGGCAGUGGGGAGCCGCAACGUUCUGAUUCGAUCCCAGCGAUCCUCGAGGACGAACGGGCAUCCUCAUCAACACCAACGAGUGUCGACGCUACCCCGACAUUGGCAGCAACAGCAGCAGCAGCAGUAGCAGAUGCAAACAAAGACGCAUUUGCUAGGACUGAGGAUCUCGCCUUUCUCGAGCAGCCGACGCCUGAUGUAGAAUCAGACGCAGAGACAGAGACGGGCGCGACGAUCAGCGAGCCCAUUAAUCCUUCCCAUAUUAAUGAUGCCGCUCUUCCAAUUGGCCUCAAAGCUGGCAAAGGCAGUCAGAGCAGGAUACCCUCCACGGCGACAGUGGACAUUUCCAUAGACUAGCCUCUCUGCUCCGCGUUGUCCGCGAGCGAAUGAGCGAGAGUUCAUCAGAAUUGUAACAGUCAAGGACGAGAUCCGCGCAACUUAUUUAAUUUUCA